AUGAUCGCGGCCAUCGCCAACCACCUCAACUACGACAUCUACAACGUGGAGCUCACCAUCGUGAACAACAACGACGACCUCCGCAAGCUCCUCAUCCAGACAACCAGCAUGUCCGUCAUCGUCAUCGAGGACAUCGACUGCUCCCUGGACCUGACGGGCGACCGGAGGUCCAAGAAGAAGAAUCGAUCGUACCGCAGGAACGAGGAUGACAGCAAGCGGAUCGUCGUUUUCACGACCAACCACGUGGACAGGGUCGACCCGGCGCUCAUCCGGCGCGGCCGGAUGGACAUGCACAUCGAGAUGUCCUACUGCGGCUUCGAGGCGUUCAGGACCCUGGCCAAGAACUACCUCGGCAUCGACGCGCACCAGCUGUUCGGCGCCGUCGAGGAGCUGUUGAAGGAGGUGGACAUCACGCCGGCCGACGUCGCCGAGUGCCUCAUGACAGCCAAGAACGCCGGCUCCGAGGAGGAUGCCAGUCUUGAGUACCUGAUCGAGGAGCUGAAGAGGAAAAGGGAAGAGGCCAAGGCUUCGGCGGAGGCAAACGCGGCCAAAACGGACAAUGAUCAAGCCGUGCAAGAAGAUGAUGGUGAGCAAAAGUCAGAAGAUUCAGGCGAAGAGGAUGAAGAUUCUGAGUCCUCGGAAGAAUCUGAUGACGAGUAG